AUGGCGAUGAUGCCGCCAGUGGAAGGCAGUAUCACUUACCCUCUCUCGUCUCAGUGGUGGUCCGGCGAGGGGACCCUCACCGUCCGUGAUACGAGAGGCCAGACCUUGCUGGAGCUGCCGUUGCAGUUCAUCCGGCUGGGACGAGUACCAUCGUUCGAUUUCGUUAAGGAGCAGUGUCGGAACGCUUUCGAAGGAGAGGGAACUUUGGUCCGGAUGGAUGGAUCUCGCAUUGACGAUUCAGAGCUCGUCAGUGCAGGGGAUGUGGUCCUAGCGGGCGAAGGCCCGGAGCCGCACCGGCCACGCAGAGGUCCGAGAUUCAAGUACAAAUACCGCGCUCCUGUAGAGGGAGACACAGAGAGCAGCAUGAGCAAUUCGAAGCGGUCUAGUGCGAAUCAGAACAAAUUCCGCGAAGCCCUUCUGGUUCGGGAUGGAAGCUGCUUGCUCUCAGACACCCUGUACGAGCGAUGCACGGCUGCCCAUAUUCUGCCGCAAUCUCGCCCUGAGUACUACACGGAGGUGCUUGAACACGAGGUUCGCUAUCUGUUCAUGCCAUCAUAUGGCUUGCUCCUCCGAGACGAUCUACACCAUUCCUUCGAUCGCGGCGAGAUUGCACUGUAUCCUAAGGGCUCCGACUUGAUCGUUCAUGUCUUCGCUCCUGGCGAUGACGCAUUACGAGGGUUCCACGGCAAGAUUUUGAAACCUGAACGCUUCCGGCCGCCUGAAGAUCGUCGUCCCGACGUCCGGCUCUUAAGGUUUCACUACCAGCAGUGCGCGAUCAAGUAUUUCCGCGGCUUCGCUUGGGCUGCAGGAAAGCCGACAGAGUUCAAGAACGGCGACGCAGAGCAUUACAUUGCAGUUUUGGGCCGCUCUCACGACUGCAUGGGAACCCCCUUUGUGGCAGGAUUUGGGCGUAUGCCGCCUGCGGUCAACGAUAUAGACGGUGAACUCCUUCACGGAGUACCGUAG